AAUAGUUUGUUUUUAGAUAUUAUCAAAACUUUCACUAAUAAUAAUAAUAAUAAUACUCUACUAAAUGGCGUUAAAACUUUUAAUAGUCUUAACUAUUUGUUCGGCGAUUAUUAUCGGUAAUAAUGGCCAACGAGAAGGUGAUGACGAAGAAGUCGACAAUAAUGUUUACCAAUCGUUGGGUUCGUUGCCGACCUAUGCUCACGGUCUGAGUGGCCAAGUAUUUGCCGAUCUGUCCGACAGGGAGUUGCGUACGGUUCGUAUCAAACACUUAUACUAUGACGGGGCGGCACCCGAUGCCUAUUUCUGGGCCGGCAAUAGCGACAAACCGGACACAACAGGAUUUAUAAUACCCGACGAAAACGGUUUGCGAAAACCAUUGAAAGGCUAUACGGAUGCAGACAUUGUCUUGAAGUUACCGUCGGGUAAGACACUCAACGAUAUUAAAUGGCUGGCCGUCUGGUGCCGCAGAUAUCGUGAAAAUUUCGGUAAUGUUAAUCUUGUCUAAUAUAUUUGACGGCUAAUUUAUCAUGA